CAAUUCUGUUCCUUGAUAAUGAAAGCGAAAAGUCAGAGAAUCAUACAAUAAAUUGUUGAAUUGACUAUCAGUACUGCUUGUGGCCUCCUGGUCGGUUGAACGAAUUUCGCCAGAGUGCGAAACAAAUUAAACAAAGCUAAAAAUAAAUAAAUACGAUUGGAGAAUGUCUGGAACAUUACCAGCCACUUAUGUGAAGGGUUUUCACGAUGAGGAGCAAGUGAAGCGUAUGGAAUACCGCAAGUUUGGAAACACAAAUCUACAAGUCUCCAAAAUUUCAUUUGGCGGCGGUGCGCUCUGUGCGAACUAUGGCUUCGAAUUAGAUGAGGGCAUUCGAACUGUGCAUGAAGCUUUGAAAGCUGGCGUCAAUUACAUUGACACUGCUCCUUGGUAUGGUCAAGGGCGUUCGGAGGAAGUUCUGGGUCAGGCACUGAAGGAUGUGCCCAGGGAAGCCUACUACAUUGCCACCAAGGUGGCCCGCUAUGAGCUCGACUACGAUCAUAUGUUUGACUUCAGUGCAAAGAAGACUCGUGAGAGCGUGGAAAAGAGUCUGCAGCUGCUUGGAUUGGACUAUGUGGAUGUCAUCCAAAUACAUGACAUUGAAUUCGCCCCUGACUUGGAUAUCGUGCUCAACGAAACGUUGCCCACGCUAGAGCAGUUGGUCAAGGAGGGCAAGGCCAAAUACAUUGGCGUAUCCGCCUAUCCAUUAUCUGUGCUGAAGGAAUGCAUUUCACUUGCCAAGGGCAGAUUCGAUACGGUGCUCGUAUAUGCGCGUUACACUCUCACUGAUCACUCUUUGCUCGACUACUUGGACUUCUUCAAGUCUCAGAACUUGGGCAUUGUUUGUGCCGCAGCCCAUGCCCUAGGUUUGCUUACAAACGCCGGGCCACAGCCGUGGCAUCCGGCCAGCGAUGAUCAAAAGCAAGUGGCACAGCGAGCGUCUAAGGUGUGCAAGGAUCGUGGCGUUGAGCUGGGCAAGCUGGCCAUGUAUUACACCAUCCAACUAAGCGAUGUGAGCACCUUUCUUACCGGCAUGCAGACCCGCCAGCUGCUCAAAACGAACUUGUCUGCCUUUUACGACGGCCUCAAUGCUCAGGAGCAGGAAGUGUUGCAGCAUCUCAGAGAAAACGUCUUGACGAAGCCUUUUCACUGGGAGGGUAAUGAACUGGAAAUAUACUGGAAAGCACUUAAAAGCAAAAGGGCUUAAAUAAUGUUGGAUCAUGAUAUUCAUUUCAUUCAAUAUAGUCAAGUGUAUUAUUGUGUAGUAUCUAUCACUUGAAGAACGCAUGAGGUUUUGAUAUAGAUAAGAGCAACACAAAUAUAGCAUAUAAAUAUGGGGUUAUUGACUUUCAACUGACCUAUAACUAUUAAUAAAAUCGAUUUUAAAUUGCAAA